AUAAUCCCAGUUCCGUGGGCUGCGGCAUGAUGCGCUCUCUCUGAUUGGUUCAAUGCUUUACGGAAGUCGAGAAGGACUUUCACCUACUCGAUCAUGGCAGACGGGCAGACAGCAGUCAGUAACGCGGCUGUUGCGCGUGUCUACAAUGACGUGAAGGAAUACUACGGAAAGAUACUGAAGACGGUGUCUGAUCUGAAAAGCAACGCCUGUGUCCCGUCUGCUAAGUCUGUUCCUGCAUACGUGAGAAAAGUCAUAGCUGAGAUCCAUCCAGACGUCGCUGCAAAAUACUAUGGCUGUGGCCUGGUGGUCCCUGAGUGUCUGGAGUGCUGCAGGGUGCUGGAUCUGGGGUGUGGGAGCGGACGGGACUGCUACAUGCUCAGCCAGAUCGUAGGAGAGAGGGGACACGUCACGGGCAUUGACAUGACUGAAGACCAGCUUGAGGUGGCCAGGAAAUACGUUGACUACCACAUGCAAAGAUUUGGUUAUAAAAAGCCAAAUGUGAAUUUUGUUCAAGGCUACAUCGAAGCCUUGACAGAAGCAGGUCUGGAGGAGAAGUCAUAUGAUGUCCUCAUAUCAAACUGUGUGGUGAACCUCUCACCAGAUAAAGCCAGUGUCCUGAGGGAGGCUUAUCGUGUUCUGAAGGAUGGAGGGGAACUGUACUUUAGUGAUGUUUAUAGUGAUGCUCGAAUCCCAGAAGACCUCAAGGCCAACCAAGUAUUAUGGGGUGAAUGCCUCAGUGGAGCACUAUGCUGGGAAGACCUGAUACGGCUGGCUGAAGAGGUUGGGUUCUGUAAACCCCGACUGGUUACCGCUAGUACCAUCACUGUAAGCAACGAGGAGCUGGAGAACCUGCUUGGUGACUACAAAUUUGUGUCGGCCACAUACCGGCUCUUCAAGUUACCAAAAGGUUCAGAAAAGAAGUCCUGUCUGGUCAUGUACAAUGGAGAAAUUACAGGUCUGGAGGAGAGCUUCGAGUUUGAUGCCCAGUAUACGUUUAAGGUAGAUAAAGAGAUGGAGGUGGAUGAUGAUGUGGCCAGCAUCUUGAGCAACUCCAGGUUUUCUGGAGAAUUCACAUUUCAGCAUCAGGAGCUGAAACCCUCCGGCUCUGGAGGAUGCUGGGCCAAACCCAAGGCAGUGUCAGCGAAUCCCUUUGAGUUGGUCCAGCAGAUGGGCAGUGCACGUGUAACUCCUUCCACUGGGGGGUGCUGUGGAGACCAGCAAUCAUGCUGCCAGUAAAUCCCAGCCAAUUUAAUAGCAGAAUCAGAAAGAACUAAUCUUGUAAUUGUGAUUUGUGCAAUAAUACUACAUGUACUUUAAUACAGUAUUACUUAUCAUUUAGUAAAAGGCAAUGCAACGAAAAACAAGAAGCAAUCGGUCAAUCAAGUAAUGUUUUAAAUGCAUCCGCAAUCUUACUGAGAGAUGUACAGCAUUGACCAGUACCUCACACAGGUCUAUAUAGUUGCAUCAUCUAAAGCAUUCACCUGCCAGCUUUAAUCUUUAUUGUAAUCUUUAUUGUAAAACACAAAUGGUCUAUUGAACUUUUGUAAUAAAAUCACUUUUUCCAUUGCUGUAAUAAAAAUAUAUUUGAGCUGA